AUGGGGUUCCUACACAAGCUGUGGGAUGAUACGGUGGCCGGACCGACGCCGGAAAGUGGUCUCGGAAAAUUGAGAAAGCUUGAUUCUUUAUCCACCGUCCGAUCUCCUCUCACCAGCAUUGCCAAGGCAAAUAACAAUGCCUGUCGACUCAGGAAACUGAACAUGGAUCCGGGUCGUGUUCUGGAUUCUCCGACCGGGUCAAGUUGCACCCCGGGGACGCCUUUGACCCCCGGGACACCAUGUGAUAACUUUGGACCAUUCAGCGCCGAUAAAGUCCCUUCCGCCGGUGAAGCUGAUGCCGCAAGUCUCACUACUUAUGAAUGGAUUGUGAUCAACGCUUGCGCAUUGGACCGUUGAAAACGACCAGAAAGAGAGAAAGUGCUACGGGUUUUGUGAAUAUACUAAUGACCACCUGAGAAGCAUGUAAUU